AACUGUACCGUGGUUUUUACAGUACCGACUACCGAACCGCUAGAGCUUGAGGAACAACUUCCUCGGAAUGCAGGAGUAGCCAAAUCAAUGGGCGUGACAUAACGGUAACUGCCACCGGAGGAGGGGAUGCGAGAAGAGACCUACGCAUCACCGGGCACCGGACACCUCUCGCGCGCACACCAUCCAGAAUUUAAAUAUUCCGCCCGCACUCUCACUACUAUAGUAUUCAAGGCGCGACUCGAACUAUAACAGAAAACAGGUGGAAAGGAGAUAGACAAGCAAAACCUUUUCACAACUCAGAGAUUGUGUUUACUGAUUCCGCUAUUCUGCCGCGUAAAAGGAACAUAGGUAGAUAUACCUAAUUGGAAGUAUAACGACAGCAGGUGUAGUGAGAAAGGGUGGGCAGCAAGAUAACCGUAGCCUUUAGACACACGCACCCAAAGGAUUCUUCGUUUUUUCGCCAACAGAAACGUAUUUAUUUAGGAAUCAAAAGAAUCCACAAAAUCUUAUUUUUUUUCAAGAUGGCAAACUCGGGAAUUCAACUUUUAGGAUUCGCCCUGUCACUCGUCGGUGUUAUUGCACUGAUCGUGGGGACCAUUCUGCCACAGUGGAAGAUGUCUGCGUACAUAGGAGACAACAUCAUAACGGCGGUUGCCAUGUACCAAGGAUUAUGGAUGUCAUGCGCUUUUCAGAGCACAGGGCAGCUCCAAUGUAAAAUAUACGACUCGAUCCUGCAGCUCGACAGUGCUCUCCAGGCCACCCGUGCCCUGAUGAUCGUUGGCAUCAUCGUAUCCAUCGCUGGGCUGGGCGUGGCCACUAUGGGCAUGAAGUGUACCACCUGCGGAGGGAACAACAAAGUGCGCAAGUCUCGGACCGCCAUGACUGGAGGCAUCAUCCUACUGAUUGGAGCUCUGUGUGCAGUAGUGGCCUGUUCGUGGUUCGCUCACAAUGUCAUCCGGGCCUUCUAUAACCCUUAUACUCCUGUCAACACCAAGUUUGAGUUUGGAGCAGCCAUCUUCAUUGCCUGGGGAGGUUCUUUCCUGGAUGUGCUGGGGGGAGCCAUGCUGGCAUCUUCCUGCCCCAGGAGUAAAAAGCCGGUGCCCAAAUACCCCGCCAUGAGUGGCGUGAGCGCCCGCUCCCCCCCCAGCAGCACCAAGGAGUAUGUGUGAGUGCCCUCUACUGCCGAUAACCGGAAUAACAGAAGCUUGAAUAUGAAAGAGUUUGUACAUGGAGUCGAACUUUACUAGUCUGUUGUACUUAUGGGGUGAAUUUUUUUGUGGCGCAAAAGAGCACAGAUAUGUAUAAGAAAUACCGUAAACUUCCAUUAUAUUCUGGCACCGUGAUUUCAUCUGAAAUGUGUAUUAAGGAUGCGGUUAUUUAACUAGAGUUUAGUAAACUGAGCAAUGCAUAAAGAGUAACGCAUGAGUUUCAAAUUAAACCAGCUGCCAGAUUAUAAUGAGAUUUACUGUAAAAGAAAUUUGCACAGAUCUGUGCUCUUUUGGACAGUGUAAAUGUUGCCCAUGAAGUUUGCAUUUGGGGAGCAUAUAGAGAUAGUAUGACAGGAUGACAAAAAAAGAAAGAAUUACUGGAUGUGAAUAUAGUUUUACAGAGGAGACCGCACGACCCCCACCCCAACAAGACUCUAUCAUGCAGUAGUUUGUUUUUGAGUGACGUCUCUCACCCCCUCCCAACAUUCCACAAUUGUUUAUGAGUGGACCUCACAAAUACACUGUAAUUGGUUAUUGGAAGCGCCUUAUAUUAACAGACCAUGUCUUAGGGUGUAUGUUCUCGUAUUACACACACACACACACACACACACACACACACACACACACACACUUACUUCUCAUAUUACAGCCAAGAUGCAGCAUCAUGGCAAACACUCUCACCCCCCUGUAAGAAACACUGUGCAUUUAAUUUAGCAUUUCCAUUGUAAUUGAAGGUAAUAAAUUAAACUCGGUGUGGUGCUAAGGGCAUACUUUUGGCACACUCAGGGGAUAGCUAUGUAUGUAUAAUAGCAAAAGGGACUAGCGCGCCACCAGUUCUUUUACAAUGGAGUUUUCUGUCGACGUGACUGUCACCAAGGACGUUCACCGUUCAAGCCAAGUGUUGACGUCACACUAGUUGUGAGUGACUGCAUACACUAUGGUGAAUCCCCAAGCAAUUCACCACUGCACUCCAAAAGGGAGAGGGCUUUUCAUACAGGCCUGCAAUAUACUCUAUCCCAUUAUAAAAUAUCUUUCACCACAGUCAGGUGCCUUGACUCUUACUAAGGAGUGUUUUUUAUUUUAUUACUGAAAUACACGAUAUAUAUUAUUAUCAUCAAACAGGUUUUUAUUUAUGUGUUUGACCAUUUGUUAAUUACUCUGUAUGAAGUCUUGCUCUGUUCUAAUGUCCAUACUAGUAUUCUACUUAGGGUGGAGCAAUAUGUUUGGAAUGCAUUCUAUAUAGUAUGCUAAUGUUGAGCUCUGAUUGUAGCCUCGGUUUGUGUUUUAAAUGUAGCAGAAUAUGGUAGUACCAUUCCCAAGUGCUAGUGUAGCCUUGUGUCUCCAGUACAGUCUUGUGUUUUUGCUUUUAGCUUUAGACAGCAUAAAUAAUAUUUUAUGUUUGAUAUUUGUGAUCACUGAGAAAGCUCAACCAUCCUGCCUUUGACUGAGAAGAUGCUGAGCGGAAUUUUAACCGUGGGUGCUUUUGUAUUAGGUGAUGUUGUAAGCAUAGAAAUACAAUUAUUAGAUAGCAAUAGUAACCAGAUUACUAAAUAGAAAUGAUGUUUCUAUGGUUGUAAGAUGUCCAAAAUGUUUCUAGAAAUGUUUAUUUUAAUAAAUGGCCAUGUAGCUUACUACAUAAUACAUGUUCUUCUACAAUUUGUAUAUGUCGCCCAUUUUUCUUUUAUUGACAGGUUAUCCAAUGGUUCUUGUUUUCUCGUAACAACAGUUAAAAUGCAAUGUUAUACCUAUCAAUAUCCCAAUAUGGAACAUCUCUGAUAAUAAAAUACACGACAGGAAUAUUA